CUAACCCAAUGUCACAAAUGCCAACGACCAGGACACACUGCAGCGAGAUGCACAGCACCCUUGGCGUGUCCGCGAUGUGCAGGCCCGCAUUCUCUCAGCUCUUGCAUUUGCCCCAACAACCCGGCCUGCCCAGACCGGGAAUCCUGCACUCAUGUCCACGUCAAGUGCACGCUCUGCAAAGGAGACCACCUGGCCACGGACCCUGCUUGC